AUGGAGGAGCGCUCUACUAGAGACGGAGAGACUGGCAGUGAAACUGGAGUAGAGGACGCUUUGGUGGGAAAUGUCAAUAAGCUGACUGUGGGCCCACCAGGUUUCUCUGGUCCCCCACGUAAAGGCCAUCUGGUUUUUGAUGCUUGCUUUGAGAGUGGUAAUCUUGGCCAUGUGGACUACAUCAGUGACUUUGAAUUUGACCUCUUCAUUCGGCCUGAUACCUGCAACCCCCGCUUCAGAGUGUGGUUUAACUUCACUGUGGAGAAUGUACGAGAAACACAGGUCAGGAUUUUUUAG